GAGUGCUGUGCGUUUGGGACUGCGUUAGCAGAGGUGUCUUUGUAUGUUUUAUAUUUUUAUAUCUUUCGUUGUUUUUGUUUGAGGAAGAAAUGCACAAGGACGAAAUGUACGAGGUGUAUUUGUCAAUAUAUUCCGCGGUAGACUUGUGUCUUGCUCCCAUCGAAACACUAGUGACUCUAUUCACUAUGAAGUAUUGCGAAUCAUUGAUUGAUAUUAAGCUAAUACCAAGCAAGCAAGAUCCGACCGAACGAGCGUAUAAGAUAGACCUUUCGGGUUUUGUUUACGAAAUUGUAAGCGAGGUACCUCAUUAUGCGAGUUCGUGUGAGCUACCGUGUUUAACUAUAAAUAAGUUCAGCUGCGUGUCCAGUUUGUGUAUCGUCUUGCGUCAGAUUAUACAGGAAGUGGUGUCGUCAUCUUCGAUGUACCAAUAUUUACAAUUAUUAGGCUUCAGAUUUGGCAGUUUGAAAGUUUCCUCCGAGACGUGUGCAUGGACUAAAUUCUGCGAGGUCGAUCUUAUUUCAACUUUGAAGCACUUAGAUACAAACAGUCUCACAUUGCCCACCAGCUUAGCCAGAUUCGAAUGCCACAUGUCUAAGCCGAUCAGACUGCACAAUAAACAUAGCUAUCCAUUGUGCAAGGAACUCGCUGCGCUCGAUAUAGCUAAGCAGGGUGGAACAGAUUCGUGGGAACACGAAUACGUCGAGGCUGUGCACAUCACUUUGCCUGAUAUAAUUAUAUUCGUGUGCAUGCACAUGUUGCUGAGCACGUAUUCGAGCCAAACGAUACCGAAAUUGGUGCCGCUGACAGUUAAGUGGUACGACAGGAUGUUGGCGGAUCAACGUACGAAGAAAUGCAUCAGCUGCCUGCCUUUACAGGAGAGCCAUAAUUUAAGCGAACUCCAGUACACGCUUCCAGCUGUGGUCAGCGAGCCUUUGUACAACAGCUCUCCUAAACGGUAUAAACGGGGAAAGCGCAUUUACACGAAGCAGGAAGACAUCGAACAUGCGUUGCAGUUAGUCGAAGGUAUGAGAGUAUCGAUAGGACUCAAUGUCGAGCCGUUCGGCGCAGAAGUGAAUGCGCUCAACUGGACCGACGUGCCUUACGAAGCCAGGCCGGAAAGUGGGCAUGUGCCAGUUGCACGAUGCGAACGAAAACGAGAGCAACUGCAAAACCUGUGCAAGGCAGUGCUGAAAUUGGCCAAGGACGGUGACACCAUCGUAGACUUCUGCUCGGGCUCCGGCCACUUGGGAAUAUUGGUGGCGUACUUGCUGCCCCGCUGCAAAGUCAUCCUGAUGGAGAACAAGGAUAAGCCCGUGAUCAUCGCUAGGCGAAGGGUGGAGAAGCUGAAGUUGACGAACGUACGGUUAUGCCACGGUAACUUCAAUCGUUUUAAGUUAAAUUUCGACCUCGGCAUGUCGUUGCACGCGUGCGGCGUGGCGACGGAUUUGGUCAUUCAAUCUUGCAUAGAGAAGAACGCGAUCUUCGUGUGUUGCCCGUGCUGCUAUGGCUCGGUCCAGGAUUGCCAUCGGUUGACGUAUCCGCGUAGUGACGUUUUCAAGGAACAUGUCGGAAAUCGUGAGUACUCGUACUUGAGUCACGCUGCGGAUCAGACACAUCAUCAGUGUUCACACCACGAAGAGAAUGUCAAGACUGCGCAAGGUUACCGGUGCAUGACAAUCGUAGAUACGGAUAGAAAGCUGUACGCCGAACAAUUCGGGUACGAAGUUCAUCUGGGAAAACUGAUCCCGCCAACGUGUACACCUAAGAACAAUUUGUUAGUUGGUAUACCAAAAGGUAAAGCGACGUGAUAAUUGUGAAAGUUGAUUAUAUUUUUACCAAGAGAAUUGCCAAUGAAGGAAAUUAAACACGAUGCCGAAACUGUGAAAUGUUA